CCCAGGCACAUAUCGGUUUGUCUGCCGAUCUCCCUGUUGCCCUGAGUCCUGAUGAAAUCAUCCAUCGAUUGGUGGAAGCUCCCGGCCCAUGAGGUCGUGACAGCACUGCAGAAGAAGCAGGUGACGCCUGCCGCCCUCGUCAAUGAGUGCCGCAAGCGGUGGGAGCUGACCGACGGGCUCAUCAAUGCCACGCCUCUUCCGUGCUUUGAUCGGGCCAUGGAGCGAGCAGCCGUGGGUGUGGAUUCGGCCGAGGACGUCUUGAGUGGGCUGCCCGUCAUGAUCAAGGACCUUGGUGAGGCGGUGGAGGGACUCCGAUGGGUUGAGGGAUCUCUGAUUUACGAGAAGCGUACUGCUGACCGCACUACGGCGACGGUGGCACACAUCGAAAGGCGCGGGUAGGUAGAGAGGUGGCGCAUCCAUCGUCAGUGGCUGGCAGCAAUCCAUACAUCCACUUGUUGAUGUCUGUCUAGAGGUAUUGUGGUCGGCAAGACCAACAUUCCUGAGUUCGGAGCGGAAUGUCAGACCUUCAACGCCGUCUUCGUAAGGAGAAGAAACCACACAAGUGGCCAAAGGAGUGUGUAUCAGCAUGCUAUUGUUUUUGUGUGUUCAUGCUAAUCAGGGUGUCACCUGCAAUCCGUUUGACACACGGCUCACUGCAUCGGGUUCGAGUGGCGGGUCGGCAGCGGCACUUGCUGUCGGGCAGGUGUGGCUCGCACACGGCAACGAUCUCGGCGGCUCUCUACGGUACGAUCGACCAACAAGUCUGGCACGAUGCGCCGACGAGCACUUUGUGUCUGUGUUUUUGUUGCACAGCUCGCCAGCUGCGUAUAACAACGUCAUAGGGCUGCGUCCAUCGCCCGGCCUCGUUGCCACACCGGGGGCGCUCCCCCACCCGCCAUGGCACGACAGCACCGCCCCUCCCCCUCCGCCCCCAGCCCAUCAGCGGCUUCACAGUGGGGGCCAUUGGUGGGUCUGCAAAGACGAAGACGGCCAGGAGGGAUGGUUCAAACUUGGGCUCUAUGCGCAGGUGAGGCGCGGCGACAGCAGGGAUGGAUGACAUUCCUGCACGUUAUGUGCUGUAUGCUGGUUUUUGGUUUCCAGAACGGACCGAUGGCUCGGUGCGCUAAGGACGUUGCGCUAUUCCUCGACGGCAUGAGAGGCACGGAAGGGUGGCGCGAGCUCGGCUUUCAUCAUCCCGGCGCAGCUGCAGGCGGGUUCCUGCGUUACCUCACUGACGGGCCCAAGCAGCUGCCGCGGAAAGUCUUGUGGAUGGGAUCCCUCGGCGAUCUGAUGGAGGUGGACUCGGAGGUUAUGCGUGUCUGUUGGGAGGCGAUCGAUUGGGUGAAGGGGCAGGGCGUCGAGGUGCGAGAGGGUCAGCUGGCGGGCAUCGGUGAGAUGCCGCAGGUCUUCCGGACACUGAGGAGCGAGAUCUUCGAGGAGAAGGCGCAGGGGGAGACGCCCAUUGUGCUGCGAGACGAAUACAGAGGUCAGCCAGGCAGACAGACCCAUGAACACGCAGCUCAGACGAAUCCUCGGAAUGUGUUGGUAUUGUCAUUGCAGAUCUGGUGAAGCCAGAGGUGUUGUGGAACACUCGAGACGGCCUCGAGACGUCCCCGGAGGACAGAAGAUGGGCGAGAGAUCAGCACCGCCAUUUUGUCAGCCAACUGGACCAGCUGUUCUUCCGUGACGGUGUGGACUUCAUCCUGCUGCCCUGCGCUCCCAUACCGCCCUUCGACCACCGGAUUCGGUACCCAAGUCGCAUCGGCAGCAUGACCUUCCCCUUCUAUACCGAAUGGUUCCGUCUGACGUCCAUCAUGAGCCUGUCGUGCUGUCCCACCCUCUCGCUGCCCGUCGGCUUCACUUCCACCUCCCCCCCUCUCCCUAUCGGCCUGCAAGUGGUGGCGCCACCCUUCCGCGAAAAAAGCCUGCUCCAAUUUGCGUCGCUCUAUGAAGAGGCCCAUCCAUCGAUCAGCGGACGUGUGUCGCUGGAACACCCCGUGGUUUGUGACCCUGGUGAUGUGAUAUCGACGCAUGGGUCGUGUCUGGCCAUUGAUGGUCCGCGGACUGCGGAGGAGGCGCGUGUGCAUCAUGAUGAGAGCUCAAGAGUGUAUGCAGACAGGAGACGGGAGCUGCAUGCCUGGGUGGAUUGACGGGUGAUGCUCGUAUGUGCAGACGAAUGAUUCAAGUGCUACGUGAACGCGAAUUUGGUUCAUUUAACGUUCGUCUCGAGUUGAUUCGUUGGUCUCUCAUCUUCGUCCAUCAUCACGUGUCGGCGAGUUCUUUGGCAUGGGUGAAGAGUAGCCUGCCACGUCGCAGG